UCCAAAUAAAUCCGACGCCUUGAGUAAUAAGCACGAGUUAGUCUUACGCUAUAAUUGUUGACAUCAAAAUCCGCAAAAUGCAGGAGAAUCACGAAAUUGAUGAAAAUGAUGAGGAUCAACCCAAUCGUAGAAUGAAUGCCUUUCUGAAGCGUGCCGAAUCGCACGCCGCGAUUCCUUCAUACGCAUUGACUGAUGCCGUCUUUUCAGCAGACAGACCAAAAGACGCAGCUACCCUAAGCAGUAAGAUAUUGCCGUUAAAACUGUUUGAUACAGGACAAGAAAAUGCAGGAAUAAGGAUUAUUAUAACCGAGAUUUAUACUCCUUUCCAAUUCUGGUUCCGAUUUGAUGGCUACAUUGAUGAAGUUAUAAACAAAUUAAGCGGCGAUUUAUAUGAGUUUUACAAUCAAUCCAGCAGGUAUUUAAAAAACUAUGGCAAUCAAUUGCCCAACUAUUUCAUUAAGCCCGGUUAUAUUUGUGCUUCGUGUUAUACUAUAAACAUGUCAUGGCGCCGUGUUCGCAUUUUGUCGGAGCCUAUGAUAAGUAAUGACAUUGUCUCGGUUUUCUAUAUAGACUAUGGUUCCGAGGCAGAAGUCUCACGCACAAACCUGCGUUUUCUUCCUCAAAUGUAUACUGAAUUGUCGUCAUUAGCUGUUCGCGGCUGCCUCUCACAUGUACAUCCCCUCGGUCCGCAUUGGCCAAUGAAUUGCAUUAAAAAAUUCAGACACUCUCUGCUGAACAAACAGCUUUAUGGCCAUAUUGUCGAAUUUGAUCAUGAAGAGAGCAUCGCUUUCAUGAGAAUUUCUCAAAAUGAGAACAUGUCACCAUCGAUCAAUAAGCAAAUGGUGGAGGCUAAACUAGCCGGUGAAAGUGAUCACUACACCAAAAAAAUGAGGGAAUUCCAUUGUGGACGACGCAUUCGAUAUAUGCGAGAGCGUUUACCAAGCUUUGACAUGCUCGAAAAUGGUUGUUAUCCAAUGUGGGGUGAAGAUUUUGAACAGAAAUUUGAUGAUAUUAUAAACGAUCCAGAGUUUUAUGUGAAUUACCAGCCGCCGAAGAUAAAAAAUCCAUUUUUAUGGCGCCUCGAAAAGGCUUUGGAAUCAUGGUUGGUCAAAUACAAAGAGGAAGAGGAAGUCUGGCGUCAAUUGUAUAAAGAAGCAAAUGUCAAAUUGCUUAAGGAAAAUGAACAGCAUGUCCAGAAAAUAAUGUCGGCCUCUAAAGCAGUCGAAGGUAAAGAUAAUAAUGGGUAAGAGUCUAGAAAACUAGACAAAAUCUUCAAAAGAGAAAUUCUUGACUUCACUUUUUUUUGUAAUUGCCUAGAAGAGCUUUUUGUUUUUGUUUUGUUUGUGAAUGCUUUCUUUUGUUUUGUUUAUAAAAAUAUAAUGAGGUAUAUACUUAUUAUCAAGCAUAUAUCUAUAUGUAUAAUCUA